AGUGGUUUCACUUCUGAGUUUAACCCGGUCUGAGUUAACUUUUCUACCCACACUCCGAAAGUGGCCGCUACAGAGGGGACUAGCAGGGAAUAUGUGACGGUCGGCUGUGGAGCAACGAACUUGGGAAAGGCCCAGGCCCAGCCCUCCGUGCCACAUUUCAGAAGAUCCGGGUUGUGAGGUGACUGAAGGCCAGGACAGCACCCUGGGACUUCAGAAGAGGGGAGGCACUUCUUCCCUAGCAGCGCAGCAGCCCGGGCAGAGAGGGGCUUCGUGUAUCCUUUGAUAGAAAUCAUCUGCCGAGGAAUAGAAUUCUCCAAGAUGACACUCUGUGUGGCUCCAAGAGAACGGUCCUGAUUAUCAGAGGGAAAACACCUAUCCGUACUCUCUCCCUAAGUACCAUGAAAGGAGCCCUGGUGGCGCAAUGAUUAAACACUUGGCUGAUAACUGAAAGAUCAGCAGUCUGAACCCACCAGCUGCUCCACGGGAGAAAGAUGUGGCAGUCUGCUUCUGUAAAGAUUACGGCCUUGGAAACCCUGUGGAGACUCCUAUUCUGUCCUGUAGGGUUGCUAUGAAAAGAAGACUUUAAGACCCGUGCAGUCCAGCGACAGCCAACUCAUCACACAGAGGCUCAUGUGAGGUGUAUUUCCAUCACUGUUGAAAAUUCUGGCUGCUUUAUCUCUGCUUCUAGAUCCACUGUUCAAGGUUUUUAAUAAAAGCCAUGGCCUCAGCCACACCUGCAAAAAAGAUGAGGGAGGAAGCCACCUGCUCCAUCUGCUUAAACUUGAUGGCUGACCCAGUGAGCAUCAGCUGUGGACACAGCUACUGCCACUUAUGUAUAGUGGGCUUCUUUGAGAACAUAAGGCACAUGAAACCACAGGAAGAGAAGUUCUUAUGUCCUCAGUGCCGAGCCCCCUUUAAAACGGCGAGCGUCCGGCCCAACAAGCAGCUGGGAAGCCUCAUUGAGGCCAUCAAGGAGAUGAACUGUGAAAUGGUAUGUGAAGAACACGGAGAGCAACUCCACCUGUUCUGCGAAGACGAGGGCCAGCUCAUCUGCUGGCGCUGUGAGCGGGCACCGCAGCACAAAGGGCACACCACGGCUCUUGUCGAAGAUGUAAGCCAGGGGUACAAGGAAAAACUUGAGAAAGUUGUGACAAACUUGAGGCAACUCAACGAUGAAUGUGUGAAUCUGAAGGUAUUGAUGACAAAGCAAAUAAACGAAUGGAAGGAGAAGAUAGAGGCUCAGAGAAAAAAAAUACAGUCUGACUUUCAGAAUCUCCAAAUCUUCUUGCAUGAAGAGGAGAAGCUUUGUCUGUGGAAGCUGGAGAGGGAAGAAGAACAGACUCUAAGGAGACUGAAGGACAAUGAUGAAAGCCUGGAGCUGAAGAGCUGUGAACUUAUGAGCUACAUCCUGGAUCUGGAGGAUAAAUGUCAGGGCUCACCCCAGGAAUUGCUACAGGAUGUGAAGGACACUUUGAAGAGGAGUUGGGCUGUGAAGCUAGAAACACCAGAACCCAUCUCCCUGGAGCUUAACAACAUGUACAAUGUUCCUGAGCUUUACUUUGAUGUGAAGAAAAUGCUAAGAAGCCAUCAAGUCAGUGUGACUCUGGAUCCAGAUACAGCUCAUCGUGAACUAAUUCUGUCUGAGGAUCGGAGACAAGUGACUCGUGGAUGCUCCCAGGACAAUCUUGACACUUCUUCCAAGAGAUUUAGUGCCUUCCCCUGUGUCCUGGGCUGUGAGGGUUUCACCUCAGGAAGACACUACUUUGAAGUAGAUGUGGGAGAAGGAACUGGGUGGGACUUAGGAGUUUGUAUAGAAAAUGUGCAGAGAGACAAGAGCAUGAAGCAGAAGCCUGAGUUUGGAUUCUGGACCAUCAGGCUAUGCAAAAAGAAAGGCUAUAUAGCACUUACCUCUCUCCCAGUUUACCUUCAUCUAAAGGAGAAGCCCCUGGUUGUGGGGGUUUUAUUGGACUGUGAGGGUGGAGUUGUAUCCUUUUAUAACAUGACCACCGGUUCCCACAUUUUCACCUUCCCAAAGGCCUCCUUCUCUGAUACACUCCGGCCCUAUUUCCAAGUUUAUCAAUACUCUCCUUUGUUCCUACCUCCUCCAGAUGAGUAAAGAAAGAAGUAAAGUCUCCUUCUUGAUUUAACCAGCACAGAGAACAUAAUGUACAUCCCGUGAGGAGAGAGAUUUGGACUGCUUUCUUCACUGCUUUUUUCCCCAGUGCACUUAAAAAAUAUGUAUGGAAUGAAUGGAUAUAUAAAGACUGUAAAAAUACCACAGAUUGUCAGCCUGAACUGAGGGAAAGUGAGAUAGUAGCAAUGACCAUAUAUUGUCUUGUCUAUCCCUCUUCAGUGGAUUCAGGGUUUUGAUUUCCAAAAGUUCUUGAGUGAUGGGCAGGGAAAAGUCAAUGACUGACCCAGAGGCCAGGAAGCCUGUGUUCUCUCCCUGUUUUGAGGCCAUUUGAACGGGUAUGUAGGGGAUGAGAGAAAGUUGCAAUUGUCUCUGCCUACUGCAUAAAAAGGAGCCCUGGUGGUGCAGUGGUUAAAGCACUUGGCUGCAAACUGAAAGGUUGGCGGUUUGAUACCACCAGCUGCUCCUCAGGAGAACGAUGUCGCAGUCUGCUUCUGUAAAGAUUUAUAGCCUUGGAAACCUUAUGGGGUAGUUCUACUCUGUCCUAUAAGGUCACUAUGAGUUAGAACUGACUUGAUAGCAGCGGGUUUUGUUUUAUUUCUUUCUUUCUUUUUUUACUGUGUAAUAGAGCAGGAAGAUUAAAAUAGUUAAUCUUCCAACCACUGGCAGGCUGGUUAGUAAUCUGAGCUGCAAUCCUAGAUGAUGUAGGCAAUAACAAAGUAAAGUGUGAGACAGAAGUUAAAAUUAGCUUACAACGAGAUGCUUGAAAUAGGAAGGCAAUUAAGAGUAAAAAUAAAUUCUGACAGGGAACUCAGUUCUCAAAAAGAAUUCUAUGUUUUCCAGAAUGUGCUAAAGCCAACUGUCUUGAAAUGUUUAUAAACCUUAACAAAUACUCGUUGCUGAAAUGAUUGUUGACAGUCUUUAUUUUUAUUCAGAUAUGAUCAAAUAGACCUUAAUUCUCUAGAGGUUUAUUCUCAAAGCUAUAUUCCAUAUUCUACUAGAGUGGGCCAACGGAGGACAAUAAAGUCAGUCAACACACAAACAACAUUACCAAUGACAAGAAAAAGUCACUAAAUUGUUAAAUUUCAUAGUAAUUUAUAGUUGAUAUAAAAAGUGAUGUUUGCUGUCAGAGGGACCGAAUUACUGGGCUGAGGGCUGUGGAACAUCUAGCUCAAUUGGCACAACAUAGUUUAUAAGAAGAAUGUUCUAUAUUCUACUUUGGUAAGUGGUAUCUGGGGUCUUAAAACCUUGUGAGCGGCCACUAAGAUAUUCCACUGGUCUUAUCCGGUCAGGAGCAAGGGAGAAUGAAGAAAACCAAACACACAAGGGAAAGAUUAGUCCAAAGGACUAAUGGACCUUAACUACCACAGCCUCCACCAGACUGAGUCCAGUACAACUGGAUGGUGCCUGGCUACCACAACCCAGUGCUCUGACAGAGAUCACAAUAGGGAGUCCGGGACAGAGCUAGAGAAAUUGUAGAACAAAACUCUAACUCACAAAAAAAGACCAGACUUACUGGCCUGAGAGAGACUGGAGGACCCCCAAGAGAUGGCCCCCAGAUACCCUUUUAGCUCAGUAAGUCACUCCUGAGGUUCACCCUUCCACCAAAGAUUAGACAGGCCCAUAAAACAGACUAAAGGGGCACACCAGCCUAGAGGCAAAGACUCGAAGGCAGGAGGAGACAGGAAAGCUGGUAAUAGGGAACCCAAGGUCAAGAAGGGGAGAGUGUUGACAUGUUGCGGGGUUGGUAACCAAUGUCACAAAGCAAUAUGUGUACUAAUUGUUUAAUGAGAAGCUAGUUUGUUAUGUAAACCUUCAUCUAAAGUACAAAAAUUGAUGUUUGCUGAUGUUAAGGUCCUCUGACAUCACCAAUUAUAUAGUAAUUCUUCUCAAAGGAAGUAAAGUAUGAAUGUCCGUUAAUUUUUAAGCCUCCCCAGAUGAUAGACUACUAUCCAGUGCAACAAGAAAAAUGAACAUAUGAUAAUUGCAAACUCCCCUCAAGAAAUCACUCUGGGCAUAAAGGAAAUAAAGCAAAAGAGCCAUAUUUGGAUGUCAGAGGCAUGGUUGGGCAUCCAUUUCUGCCCAAAGUAAGAAAGAGAAGAGUUCAGACAGUCACCAACAUUUCCCAGCCUCGGACAUUAUAGUCAUAUUAAUACAGGCUGGGUAGUAGCUAGAAACAAAACCCCUGUCUUAUUUAUUCUCUGCCCCUACAGACCCAGCACACUAAUCCAGGUCUGGGGCCUAGGACCCACUUGAUAAGUGAGAAAGGCCACUUUCAAACACAGGGUAAAUGAAGGCACAGCAUGAAUAUUGCUAAACUAAACUGUACCUUGGAGCCCUGAUGACACAGUGGUUAAGAGCUCAGGCUGCUAACCAAAAGGUUGGCAGUUUGAAUCCACCAGCCGCUCCUCGGAAACCCUGUAGGGCAGUUCUAUUCUGUCCUAUGGGGUCGCUAUGAGUCAGAAUCAACUCAAUGGCAGCUGAGUUUGGUUUGGGGGUUUUAUCUCUACCUCGGCAUCCUGCAAUCCAGGCGGCAUCCCUAACAUUGGCAGGCCCUAGAGCACUGUGCUCAGAGGGAAUUCUGUAUCCUUCCCUUAA